UUGUAUGCAUCUCUUCGCAGAAAUUGCGCGAUUUAUAUUGAUUUUAUUGUUUUGAUACCGAAGUUUUAAUAUAUUCAGUGAUCCAGAUGCUUUGAGGAUUGAGAGUUGAUCGUGUGGAGGUCAUCCCUAGUCCUAACUGAAUUCCUAAAUCGAUGGGUUCGUUCCUCGAUAAGCCGAAGACAGAAAAGCACUCAGAGGCUGGCGAUGGCAAUGGCAUGCGUUUCGGACUCUCCUCCAUGCAAGGAUGGAGAAUCGAAAUGGAAGACGCUCAUGCCGCAGUUGUUUCCCUGCCGAAUCUGUCUCAAUGGUCAUACUUCGCUGUGUUUGAUGGACAUGCGGGUGCCGGGGUAUCAGCAUACUGCGCUGCAAAUCUACUCGAUAGCAUAAUCAAGACAGAUGCUUUCCAACGUGGUGCUUCUGGGAAUAACAAAGUAGACGUCACAGCUGGAAUUCGUACCGGAUUCUUGAAUUUGGAUGAACGAAUGAAGACUUCGGUGCCGCAAAUUGUCAGUGGUGAAGAUAAAUCUGGCUCAACAGCCGUGUGUACCCUCAUCUCCGACUCCCACCUGUACAUUUCAAACUGUGGGGAUUCGCGAGCAGUUCUGGCUCGAGGAGGAGAAGUAGCACUUGCGACAACCGACCACAAGCCUAGUAAUCCUCUCGAGCGAGAACGAAUCAUCAACGCCGGCGGUAGUGUGAUGAUACAGAGGGUGAAUGGAUCGUUGGCAGUGUCUAGGGCGUUGGGUGAUUUCGAUUUCAAGAAUGUUGAGGGUCGCGGGCCAACAGAGCAGCUCGUUUCGCCAGAGCCGGAUGUUUACGUGCUGGAUCGCUCGGAGAACGACGAAUUUCUCAUUUUGGCCUGUGAUGGCAUUUGGGACGUUAUCAGCAGUCGCGAUCUCUGCGAUUACAUUCGGUCCCGUCUAAGGAUCAGUGACAAAUUGGAUCAUGUCUGCAACGAAAUUGUUGAUACUUGUUUAAACAUAGGAAGUCGUGAUAACAUGAGCCUAGUAUUGGUCACAUUUGCUGCAGCGCCGAAAGUCUCUCCCGAAGCCCAGGAAAAGGAGCGAAAGUUGGACGAGUUGUUGAAGAAGAAAGUCAAGGAUAUUCUCGAAGCUGAUCCUACUGUUGAUGUAACACUGGUAUUCGACGUCCUCAGUACCGAUGAUAUAAUAUCCGACUUGCCGCCGGGCGCGCAACUGCAUGCCAAGAGAAAUGUCAUAGAAAAGACAUUCCUGGAGCUAAAACCGCCACCAGAGGAAAAUGAGGAGCAGCAGCAGGGCCAACGGCCACAAACGCCGCCUGGCCCGCCGCGUGACGGGUCUCCCCCGCCUCCGCCGAGCCCGACCAAGUGAACAUUUCCAACUCGCGGCCCGCGCAGUCACGUCCCCUCCCCCUUUUUUCCUCCCCCAAACUCGAAAGUCGCCCCCCACUUUUUUUGAAGAGUACCCUUUCCCCGAAUUUCCCAUACCAGCCGCAGGGAGUUAGUUCAAACGAGCCGGAUUUGCCGUUCGUCCCGUGAAAACACUCGGGUAGUCCUUUUCUUUUUUUUUUCCUUGCUCUCUUCAUCAUCAUCAUCAGUGUUGCAGUUUGUUUUUUUGGUUCACUUUGCUUUACGAGUUUUGUUAAUCCACGCGCCCCCCACGUUCGUUGAUGCGAAGUUUUUUCUUCAUCAUUGCGAAGUGCCAAAAAUUGUCAUCCUGUGCAGUGCUUGGCUGAGAUGAGCGGUCUUCAUUGUUGAAAAACUGGUUUCUUUGAUUUUUGCUUUUUUCCUCUUCCAUUCAUUCGCCUUCUCCAUCGAAGUCAUCGUAGGGAGUUGGAGUUAUAACUAGUCUGCUGUUCAAUCUGAUUUUGGUGUACCAUGAAAAGAGGAAGAUUCAAAAGAACAAGUCUUGGGUCAAGGUGGGCCUUCGACACUCGCUUUCUUUUGUACGCUCGCUCUUUUAUGGGGUGAUAUCUUGUUUUGAGACAGCGUGGAGCAGUUUCCGAGGGGAAGAUGAGCGGUCCAAAUUUUCAAUCUGAUUUCGUAGAUAAUUCCUUCUUCGUCUCGCAUUCUCCCUCGAAAUUUCGCAAAUGGAAUUAUAACUUUUCUCUGGUACUGUAUUGUGUUGAGAUCUGGAUUGGAUGCUUCUCGAAAGCUCACGUGUUGGAAAGAGUUGGUGUGAGAAUUUCAGCCCGAGUUGGAUUAUUGACACUUGCUCUUCCGCAGUAUGAUCAUCUGAUUUAGUUUCUGGUUCGAUUAAGACAAAUGAAUCACGGCUAACUUUUAAAAUGCUCACGAAUGAUAAAUUAAACAAAUUUCUUAGUUCACCGAGUAUAUUUUUUUUUUGAAGAAUCUAAAACCGGGUUUGUAGUCGAUCUGAAGUUCGGUGAUGUCAACGGUUUCCAGUGUCGAUUUUAUUUUUUGAACGACGAAUGAACAAGAAGCUGGUGGGAGUGGCUGGGAAAACUGAGCUACCAUCGGAAGAUGUGAUCCCAUUUAUUCAAGCAAACCUCUGGUAUCAGAAGAGGUGGGGAAAAAUAAACUGAGAAUGGGGUUGAGUGAGUGCAAAGAGGAAAGAGAAACCCCUCGUUUUUUGUUGUUUCGAACGGAGCAUUUCCGGCUUGGUUUGUUGAACUCUGCUUGGAAGAAAAGGCCGGUGAAGACGCUCUCUCUCUCUCGCCGUGGGCCACUCUUGCCUCUGGUUUAUUAUUUUUAUGUGUUGACAGCGGGGUCUGCACGCGAGGGUUUCAUUUGUCCUUUUGUAUCCGCGUCCGAGUGUUCGUCGACGUAGCUGAGGUGACAGGAGUGACGGGUCCGUGCGAGACGUGCGAUUGCGAUACUUGGUGGUUUCAUGUGCUCGGGUGGGGGCUCUGGCUCGGUGUUGAAUUUAUUAUUUUUUUUGGGGGGUGGAGGGCCAGGGGUGAGUCUUGUCCACCACCACCACCUUUUUUGUUUUCUCUCCUCCUCCCCCCUGGUCGGGAAAAUGAAAACCCUGGUCGAGAAUCGGAUUUUUGUGCCUGGCAACAACGUUCACAGUUCUCUAAUCUGAGCAAAUCUUGGAAGAAUUCAGCGCUCACGACGUCUGUUAGAGAUGAUGUGCCACGAAGAAUUCAGGGAAAAAAAACGGAAGAUCCUGGAGUGUUUGAAGCAACUGCCUUUUUUGGUGCCGUUUUGCGUUAUUACUGAAAAACUCUUCAACCUGCUGAUCGUAAGUGGAUUGGUUGAAAUGUGAAAAUUACUUGUACGAGAGCAAAUCAUUUUCUUUGAAAUCUGCGGCGGAAUGUUUUUAUUUUAUUUUAUUCCCUGUGAAAAUUAUACUAAAAAAAGGAAUCGUGCCUGUGAAGCCUGGCCAAGUAUUCGCUGUCCUCUUCGUUGAAAAAUUUUGAUGAAGGGAAAUCCAUCAUCACGAAUUUUUCCAGCCUUCUGGGGAUAUCGUUAUUAAUGGAUUUUACCGUUGUAAUCGCAAUAUUUUUUCAGAUUUUGGAGCCAAACUGAAAAUCUUUUCAAGUGAUUCCGACCCUGUUGGUGCAAAAGUGAAGACCUGGCCGAAUGAAAAAAUCGCUGCAGGUUUUAUCGAACGAACGUUUUGCCCUUCCAGAUAUCCCUGUGAAUUUUGAUGAACUUAAUUGCCCUGUAUGAAAUGAAGUUGUCGUUAAUAAUGCGAAGUAUUGCCCUACAUGAUCAUCUGAAGAGCCUGUUCAAUUAUUUACUACCUCGUUUGAACAAAAUCCCAGACGUGCGUCGAACUUUUUGGGAAAGCCUAAUUAAAACGAAAUUUUCUUCAUAGCGAGUAAUUUUUUGCAGACCGCUUGGAAUUGUGUUGCAGAAGGAUUUCACCGUAUAAUGUAAAAAAUGGAAUUACGUCAAAAAGUUGUUUUCAGAAAUUGUUUUUCUUUGGAAAUGGUUACGAAUUUACUAUCACGAAGGCGCCUCGAGCUUUGAAGGACUGGAGAUUGUUCGCUCGGUGAAUGGAUUUCUCAUUCUGGAUCAUCUGUGGAAUGUGUUUGGAUGAUGAAGUGGGUGUUGUUCAAUGGUACUUGGUCGAAAUCGCGGGAUUCACUGUCAGGGUUUUUUUUUGGCGCGUUUGCGAAGAAGGAAAGAGAGAGAGGAAGUACCAUCCCUGGUCCUGGCCACAGCCACAAUACAGGUUACUUUGUGGGCGGAGUAAGCGAUAGGAAUCAGAGUAAUUUCCGUUUUGAUGUGGCGAAAAGAAGAAAGAAAAAGGAAAAAGAGAGAGGGUGGAUAUUUAUGGAACCGGAGGUUAAACGCGGAUGGAUGUAUCGUUUUCCUCGCCUCUCGUCUAUAUUUUCCCCUUUCUUUUUGUGUUCCUGUUUAUUUUUUAUUAUUAUUUUCCGGUAUCCAUUUCUCGUCUUUUGGUGGGGUUCGAAAAUUUUUUCUCAAGGCAUUAAUAGCUUUCCCUGUCGGUGUCGGGACGCCGAGUCCCGUGGGCUUCUUAGUUGCAGGACCAAGGAGGAGCAGCACCUUUUUUGCCAGUGUUGGGCGAACUCGUGUGUUUCCCUCUUCCCCGCCAUCUUCAUUUUCAAAAUGGGGAGGCAGAGGAUCCUUCAUUUUGUGCCCCUUUGUCCCCUUAGAUUUUUUUUUGCCUCUUGGAGUUAACAUGGUUAUUUCAUGCGCGCGGCUGGAAUUUUUUUUUCUCCUGUGUUUCUGGCGACGAGAAUUUUAAGAAUGUAAUUGGAGGAAAAUCGG